CCGGCGCAGGCUGGCGGCCGGCGGGGAGAGCGCGGUGCGCGCCAUGGCGCUGGGCUCGGCCUGGAAGCAGAUGUCGUGGCUGUACUACCAGUACCUGCUGGUCACCGCGCUCUACAUGCUGGAACCUUGGGAGCGCACCGUCUUCAAUUCAAUGCUAGUUUCCAUUGUUGGAAUGGCACUGUACACGGGUUAUGUGUUCAUGCCUCAGCACAUCAUGGCAAUAUUGCACUACUUUGAAAUUGUGCAGUGAUGAAGAAUGUAUGUUGAAGAAGUAAUCAUGCUCUGAAAUCUGGUCGACAAAGAAGAUUGAACCUCUUAGUUUUAACAAGACUUCUACCGAUGUUCAAAAGGGAAAGACACGAUGAUUCUGAAGACUAAGAAAUGAGAUCUGUAGAGCAGGGGCACGAGAUGUCCCCUAUGUUGUGUUAAUUCCUUUUGAUUUUACAAGAUAUGCCCUUGUAUAGUAGUUUUGUCUACCUUAACAUUGUGAUUGUACUUUGAUAUCAGUAUUUUCUUAACUUUGUGACAGUUUCGAUAUUGCACUGUGAAAGCUUUUCUUAAUUGUAAUUUUGAGUAAAUCUUAAUUGCCUUCUAUUUUUAAUCAGAAAAUCAUCUAAUUAAAUGGGGCUUAAAGCUUUUGCUAUUGUAUGGUAUGUAUUUGCCUGGGUAUUUCUAUCAAUGCAUUUUUGUAAGAAAAUACAUCUAGAUUCAUAUUAGAGACAUGGAUAUAUUCGUCUAACACUACUUACACAAAUUAGUUUGUACGACUGAACUCAGGUGUACUGUUUUCUUGUCCAGACUUUGUUCAACAGUAUAUUUGUGCAUAUCACCUGAAUUUGGAAUUAGCAAUUAUUUCAAGUUUCUGUGCUCUGUAUGUUGGAGGAGAUAGAGAGAAAGCACUGUAACAAUGAAGGCUGCAUUCUUUAUGUUUGAAGAAAUGCUGUGGUUAUGGUCUUUUCAUAGUGGGAACAAAAGCACUUUGCUGACGUAGGCCCACAUAAAGCUUUGGGAUAGUACUUUAAAUCAACACUUUUUCUAACAACUGAUUAAAUUGUACUUUUACAUAAUGCUUUGUUAUGUUCCAUUGGUGAUGGUUUUCUGGUAAUUUUCACACAGCAGUGUAACAGCCUAUGUUUUAAAGGGGUUUUCUAUCGCUGCUAGCGUUCCAAAUGUGUUCUCUCUACAAAUGACCAAAAUGUAGGGUUAUAAAUGGACUCGAGUUAAAACUACAGCAAUAAGUAGCUGAAACCUUGACUGAAGUCCUGUCUUUUUUAUUUAGUUUGUUUUUUUUUUUUUUAAUAGGGAUUUUUUUUUCAGUUUUGUAUACUGAAAUGUAAGAUGGUGACAACCUAACUUUCUUAAGUGUUUUUUUUUUUAAAUAAAACUUUAAAGCAGAGCUUUGCUGCAGAACUUUCUUUGAGCAGUUAGUGUGUUUCUGAAUGUUGCUUACUUUUCUCAGACCUAUAAAAAAAUGAGAACUAGUACGUGACCAAAGAAUUGUGAUUUAGUGGCCCAGUAAUAACAUGUACUGUUACAUUUUUUGUGCGACUUCUUUUAUAAUGAGGAAUUCAGUUACACAACUAAACAGUUCUAUAAAUACACUGUCUUUUAGGUUUAUAUGGCUUUCUCAGAUGCACACAGAUGGAGCAAAAAAGCUUUUUUUCAUUUAAGUACUUUAUGCAUCUCUAAUGGAACUCUAUCAUCAUGUUGGAACUAUAAACAGUGGGCCUUCUUAGGUGAACCAUAGCUUUACUGCCAUUGGUAGAGGUCUCUCACUAAAUUAGUGCCUUGCUUAAGGUGGAAUUUCUUGUGAAAAUUUCUUAAACUUUUAAUUGCCAUUUCACUUAUCCCAUGUCUGCCCAAGCAGUGGUGUUACUGAUUUGUGGUGUUAGUCUCCCAUGAGAGGCCCAAGCAGUGGUGUUACUGAUUUGGUAAAGCUGGAGACAACAGGUGUGUAAUCCUGUCUUUCCUUAUUUGAAGUUGGAAGAGCAAACAGGCAGUUUUAUUUUUAAAGUGCAUCCACAUGUGUGCAUAGGUAUUUAAAAAAAUAAAAAUGGAGAUAAUGAGUA